AUGCACAGGCACCAGCCCAUGUGCAGGGGAGGUGAAGAGGAGCAAACCGCACCCAGGGACUGUCAUCUCGAUGCUGCACGUGCUGUGGUUGAGCUUCGCGCCAAGCGCUGUGCAGACCUUAUAAGUGCUGGGCGGCAAGCUGGGCUCUUGGUGCUGUCUCCUCAAAGUCAUCAUGGAAAAGCCAAACCAACUGCUCCGCUGGAUGCCGUCCUACGGCACUUAUCCCCACGUCUGGGAUACACUGCUCCUGUAUCCUUUCUGAUCUGGGGCUGGGGUGAGAAGGGAGGAGGGGGCUAUACCCUGGACAACGAUGUCGUCACCACAGAGCAAAGGCAGUUCUAUGAAGACAAUGGGUAUCUGCUCAUUAAGAAGCUCGUUUCUGACGAAGACAUUGAACGCUUCAGGAAGGAGUUUGUGAGGAUCUGUAACAAGGAGGUGAAUCCACCGGGAGUUCUGAUAAUGAGAGAUGAGAUCUGCAGACCCAACUUUGUUCAGCUGGAAAAAACAGUUAAUAAAGUGCAUGAUUUCCGGGAAGAUGAAGAGUUGUUCAGAUACUGUAUUCUGCCAGAGAUCCUAAAAUAUGUUGAAUGCUUCAUAGGGCCAAAUAUAAUGGCCAUGCAGAUGAUGCUGAUAAAUAAGCUUCCAGAUCCUGGUAACCUGAGUUCUCGCUACCCCGUGCAUCAGGACUUGCAUUUUCCCUUCCGACUCACGGACCGCAUCGUGUGCUCCUGGACCGCCAUGGAGAGGGCCAACCAGGACAACGGCUGCCUGGUCGUGCAGCCAGGGACACACAAGGAGCCUCUGAAGCCUCAUGGCUAUCCCAAGUGGGAGAGUCCGCCAAUCAAAUUUUUCCAUGGGCUGCUGGAUUACAAUGAGAAGAGUCCCAGGGUGCACAUUGUCAUGGAGAAGGGAGACAAGGUGUUCUUCCAUCUACUUAUUCAUGGCUCCAGAGCAAACAAGACAUCAGGUUUCCGAAAGUGAUGCCUUAUUUCCUGUCACUUCGCCAGCUCAGAGUGCUACUACAUUGACGUAAAGAACACGAUCCAAGAGCACCUGGAGAAAGAAAUGAUUGAAUUUGGACAGGCAAAAUAUAAAGUGACUUCUGCCUCAGACCUUGUGGAUAUUUGGAAGAAGCGAGCAAAGGUCGUGCAAGGAGAAAGAAUUAAUCUUUAA